AUGCGUUUCUUCUUCAUCAUCUAUCUGCUGACCCUCGUUUUCCUAGCACGCGCCAGCGCUGAUUCCGCGGCGUCCAGUGUGGAUGUCGCCAAGGGCGAGCCUUCGAAGCGUGUGGCGGAUGGCCAUGACAAACACUACUUAAGAAGCCACGCUAGGUCAGUGUUGGAUGGCGAUGUAGACAGCUCUGAAGAAAGAACAUUCGACAUGAAGAUGCCUGGUACUGCGAAACUUAAAAGCUUGAUCAGCUCGGAGGCUUUGAAGAAGAUCGUAACAAAUACCAAGCUGAGAUUGACAUCGGAUAAGCAGAAGGCUACAAACGACCUUUUUCAAAGGCUCAAAGUUGGAGAAGUGAAGGCGGAUCUUUUCCAGAGUGCACCGUUUGAAACGUGGGCUAAGUCUGUAACAAAAGCCUACAAGAAGAACCCCGAAGGUGGCCAAGCGGCUAUGGUCUUUACAUUGACAGAUCACUACGGCGACAAGACUCUGGCGAAGCUUCUAGCCGAAGCACGUCAGAAGUAUAAGACGAUGAUCGUCGCGAACCAGUUACAGAACGCUCAGCUCGACAACUGGAUCGUUCAAAAGAGAACAUCAAACGAAGUUUUCAGUCUUCUGAACCUAAAAGUACAAGAGGAUAAUCUUUUGAAGAACCCAAUGCUGAAAACCUGGAUGUCGUACGAAAUGAAGCUAACGGAGAGGCCGAAUCGUGCGCUAUUACUCAAACUGAUGGAGCGGUAUGACGACGCUGGACUAACUAAAAUGUUAGUAGCAGCAAAGAAAGACCGCAGUACUCGCACCAUUGCUUCGGCUGUGAGGCACGCACAGCUUAAGAACUGGUUGAAAGAAAAGAGAACAGCAGACGACGUCUUCAAGCUGCUACGCCUCAGUGCAGACGAGGGGGGCAACCAACUGAGGAACCCAGUUUUAAAAACGUGGUUGGAGUACGCGACAAUGCGCGGUCGGGAUGGCUAUCAGGUGUUGUUGACAAAAAUGAUGGCAAAAUUCAGCGAUGAACAUGUGGCGAAGAUGCUGGCGGUUGCAGCGAGAGAUAUCAAUGUUCGAAUUGACGAUGAAAAGCUGCACAACGCUCUGCUCAACAUUUGGCUCAAGCGCAAGUAA